AUGCUCACACUACGCGACACUGCUACUACUGCCCUUUCAUCUGCUUCUUACUGCGAACACUACCGACCUUCCUCUCAUCUAGUACACAGCGAAGCGACAAUGACUUCACUCAGUAAUAUCUCAAUUCCAACAUCUCACUCUGAUAGUGUGUCAAGAUCGCAACUCACAUCGGUACGACGAAAGCGGCAUUCCUUGGGACCGGCCUCGCAAGACACAAAAGCCCCACGCACACAAGCAACCAAAGUCUGUUCGUUAAAAUCACAGCCUUUACUAGAUGUAAAAGAAUUACAAGUGACAAACACAGUUCAUAGUGGAAGAAAGACUUCGAUAAGCUUAAAUCUCUUUAAGCCAUCCCUAACGGACUCGGAGUCGCAGUCUCCGGCGUUCAUGAUAACAGACAGCAAACCAAUCUCUGCAACAGCAAAUCAAUCAUUUUCGCCCAGUUCAAAUCAUUCAUCAGAUUAUUUCUCGAAUACCACUCAGACAUGUGAUUCCGAUACGGAUUUCUUCGAAAAUGACGACGAAGAGGAUGACAUCAAAGACGACGAUUUCGCCCUUUUCACCAUGUCAGGUUCACCAGCAGCUGUUCCUCUGACUCCUUUCGCAAAUCAAGUAGGCGGUCAUACCUCAUUCUUGCGAUUCUCCCGACGCGCCGUGUGUAAGCCAUUAGCAAGACGCGAGAAUCAGUUCUACGAGAUAUUAGAAAUGCAACAUCCUGAACUAUUGUCGUUUGUUCCUAAAUACUUGGGCGUACUGAAUGUAACUUACCGUGAAGAGGAAGGUGUUGGAAGCAUGCCUGAAGUAUCGCUAGAGCGUAACAAACACUUAUUGCCAAAAUGGUUUCUCAAAAAAGUAGAGAGAAACAACAUUAGUGAUAACUUUUCCAAAGUUCAUAAAGAUACUCAUGAAAAAUAUCUUUCUUCUACCCUGCAUGGUUCUACCAGAGUUAAUAAGAAACUUCAACAACAAGUUCUCCAAGAAGUUUUCUCUCCUCGUGCUCUUCGUGCCCGUAUGCAACAAAGCCAAGCGGUAAAUAACCAAUCAUCUGUCUUUCGCCGACAUUCAAUGACCAGUCUAUCUACUCUAAAGCCGCUCGAAAGUUCCAAGCCGGGAAUGUCGCGUAGUUAUACAGAAAGUGGUGCCACAGAAGACAAUGAAAAGAUAGUGAGGCGUUCGUCAUCAUCGCCUGGAAGUGCCAUAGAGGACGUUAUGGGUGUAGAUGAAAACUUGGAUGAUGGCAUAGACGAUGACAUGUGUGAUGAAAAGAGUGGGAUCGAUAUACCGGAUAGUGGGAAAACUCAAGGAAGAUUGUCUAUCGUGGAUAAUGAGCAACCCGAUUCCGAAGAAUAUUCUACCGCUUUCAAAAGUAGUCCUACCUUGUCGGAGACUCAAAGCGUCUUCGAUAUGGGGGAAGAUAGUCCACGUUUUUUGAGUUCUUUAUCACCAUCACAGUCUUCUCCCACUCGUCAUACACCAGCAAGUACAUUGACACCUUCGUCUUUUCCCGAGAUUUCUUUUUCCUCUUCCAGUCCUCCUGCAUCGUCUUCAUCUUCACCAUGGGCGAAAACAAAUAACCCUUGGUCAUUACAUUGUUAUACUGCGCAAUUAAGCAAGUUGCAAGGUAAUAAUGCAGAUAAACAAAAUACGCAGCAGUUUAUUUUGCUUGAAGAUUUGACCGAAGGAUUACAAUAUCCAUGUGUCUUGGACUUGAAGAUGGGAACUAGGCAGCAUGGGGUCGACGUCUCGCCGGAAAAGCGGAUCAGUCAGAUGCAGAAGUGCGCUAAGACUACGAGCGCUACGUUGGGAGUUAGGAUCUGUGGUAUGCAGGUCUACAAAACAACCACUCAUGAAUUCGAAUUUCAAGAUAAAUACUACGGUCGCACAUUGAAGCCUGAAACGUUCGUUAUGGCUUUGGCAAACUUUCUGCACAACGGUGAACACAUACUUACCCACCAUAUUCCAACCAUCGUUCGCAAACUCCGGUGUCUUGCAAAAAUCAUACGUUCUCUCGAUAAUUAUCGCUUCUACGCAAGCAGUCUUCUCCUCAUCUAUGACGGCAAUGAAGCCAAUUCAUCCGAGAUCGAUAUCAAAAUCAUAGAUUUUGCUCACUGCACUACUGGAAACGAUCAUCGACCCGAGGAGGUGCGAUAUCCACCCACACACAAAGGAUUUGAUAUUGGAUACUUAGUUGGAUUGAAGAAUCUAUGUAGAAGUUUCGAGAUUAUAUUUAAAGAUGCCACUGGGGAGUCGUUAGGAGACAUUGGGGAGGCUGAAGGUGAUGUAUUUAAGGGAAUUAUGACGCCAAGUGAAGAGGCUCUUGGCGGAAUCCGGUUGGAGAGGAAAGCGUCACUCGAGUGA